AAAGCAACCAGUAAUGGCGCUGAAAAGGAUCCAAAAGGAACUGACAGAUCUGCAGAGAGACCCUCCAGCACAGUGCUCAGCAGGGCCAGUGGGGGAUGAUUUAUUUCACUGGCAGGCGACAAUCAUGGGGCCGAACGACAGUCCGUACCAAGGUGGGGUUUUCUUUCUGACUAUUCACUUUCCUACAGAUUACCCUUUCAAACCCCCAAAGGUGGCGUUCACGACGAAGAUCUACCACCCCAAUAUAAACAGCAACGGUAGCAUCUGCCUCGAUAUCUUGAGGUCGCAGUGGUCUCCAGCACUCACGGUAUCAAAAGUUCUAUUAUCCAUCUGCUCGCUGCUUUGUGACCCCAACCCAGACGAUCCACUGGUCCCAGAGAUCGCACACACCUACAAAGCUGACAGGGAAAAAUAUAACAGACUAGCCAGAGAAUGGACGCAAAAAUAUGCAAUGUGAAAAAAAAAGAGAGCGUUUUACACACACACACAAACACACACACACACACACACACACAAAAAAAUAAUAAUAAAAAAAACUAAGCAAAAAAAGAAACGACAGCAGAUCCUUGAAAGAGAAAAUCCAAACUCCAGUGUAAAUAAACCCCAGACUGGAUGCCGUUUGUUUACCUGGUGCCCCAGUGCCAUUUGCAAUGACUUUUCUACUCUCAGCUGUGGGGAGAAGAUCACACAAAACACAACCUUAGGGGAUGAAGACACUGCAGACUGCAAACCCAGAAACACGACUGUGUCUUUUAAUAUUAUUAUUGUUAUUGUUAUUAUUAUUAUUGUUGUUGUUGUACUGUUUACUUUAAAGUAUUGAAUGCUUAGAGUCUGGGCUAGGAGUUGGAAAGGCUUUAGAAGUUGCCCGCCUCUCCAGUUAAACUGGUACGUUCUUGAACCCUUGGCAAUGCGGACAGGGGUAUCACAGUAUAUGCUGUUACUGGAGGCUAGAGCUAUCAGUGCUGUGGCAGGCAGGCGUCCUUUUAUUUGAGCCACAAAUGGAGCUUGCUUGUCACAGUUAAUAGGAAGUUUCAGUGAAAUGUACUCGAACUCCGCGUUGAUGUCAUUCUCUGCUGCCAGCAGGAAAAAAGGUGUUUAUUUAUUUAUUUAUUUAUUGUAUCGCAAACAGAUUUUUUUUUUUAAUAAGGGAUUCUCUGCUUUUUUUUAUUUUUUAAACCUUUUAUCACAGUUCUGUACUAUAUGCAUACCACAGCAUAUACUGUGCCUCCAAACCGUUGAAAGAUAUCAUAACCAGCGCUUUUAAAAAAAAAAAAAAAAAAAAAACUAUCACUCACUUUUUCUUUACCUGCUGUGUGGGCGGGGAGUCAGAUAGGGUAUUAAAGAGACAGUAUCACGCCUUUUUAAAAUCCAGACCAUGCGAGAUGCAUUAAAACUUUGCUGUUCUUUUCCUGUCCCUUUGUCCCUCAAUUUCAGCCGCAGUCCUGAAGUUAGCAUCUUCUUUCAGCCCGUCGGGCAGCGGCCAGGUGCGCUUGCCAGAGUCCCGUGUUUGUUUUCACUGGAGAGAGAGAGAGAGAGAGAGAGCGCGCGUGUUGGGUUCCAGUUCCCCUGUGCUCGCUUUGCAGGCUGUAGCGGGCUGGAUGUCUCCUGCAGCCGCCCUGCGGCACCGUACCGCUCGCUCCUGUGGAAACAGCGGUGAAGAGGCCGUUGUGUUUGCACACGGAGACAUUUGAUUUUGCAUAGCUACACUUUGUAAUUUUAGAAGCAGUACAAUACAGCAGAAUAUUGAAAAGCAAUGGGAUAAAUAGACUCCACACCAUGCAUGAUACCUGGAGGGUUAAAUACAAAGGAAUAGCAGAUUGUUGCAUCAUUAACAGAACAGUAAAUGACAUCACAAGCACAUUCAUAGAUUUUAAUAGAAAUAAGUGAGUGUAGUUACCAUGGCAUCAGUAGCCUAGAAAUACCCCCACUGUUAGUUUUCAAUCACGUUUCCCCUUGAUAAAGGUAUUACACCUUGCACACGUAUUGCAAAUAAACUGAUUUCUCAGGUAUAGCCUUGCAGGAGGCAGGACUCUCUUUAUACAGGGAAACAAAGAGAAUAGCAAAACACAGGUGAGAUGCAAUCAUGCAUAAAGAAUGUACGUGCAGCACUGUGAAGGGUUAAUCGUGAUACUGUCUCUUCAACACCUGCUGCAUAGGGAGUGAAUUUGCACAGUGUCAAAGUGAACAUUUGGGGGAAACGAUACAAAUAAGGUAAGCGUGAGAAUGUAGGCAAAUGAGGGAAGAAAUUAUUAUUUUAUUUUUUUUUUUUUAAAAGUGCUUGGCUAGUAAAUCUGUUUUGUAGCUUCGGUUAGUUCCUCUGACCGGCCUUGUUUUGAGGAAUCCUUGCAGAGUUGGAACAGAGGUUCAGAGGCUCAGUGUUUUUUUUAGACUGUUAUAAAAGCAUGGCCUAACAGGUGACACUGGGAAUGUUCAAAAAGCAAUUAGACUGUAAUGCCAAAGCAGAUCCCUUUAGUUGGGGGAACAUGGUGUGCUAACUUUAAGUCUUGCUGUCAUUGCUCGUCGAGUAAUCCAUUCCUUCACCACAGUCUUUGCAAGGAUUCUUGAAAGCAUGGCGGGCUGCUGGAGUAGACCGGCCCCCCACCAAAGCAAAAAAAAAAGGGAGUUCCGACUUUCUCCCACAGCUUUGUCUUUCUACCCGGAGAAAUCGGAAACGCAGCUUUGAGCGCAUGCUGAAAAUCCUAAAAGGGUGCAAUGGUUCGGUCAGCCUUUGUUUUGGGCGCGGUUUGGAGUUCUUGAAGGAAGAGCGCUGAGAAACGCAAAUCAGGGUUGUUCGUACCACGCUGUCCCUGAAGGCACGUGCGAGCGCAUGUUUGUUUGUUUGUUUUCUGCCAGGUGCCAGUGCUGCAUUUGAAAGCCCGGUUGAUGUCCAGCGAUUGAAGACACGAGACACGGACGCCGCUCACUCCUCGUUUACACUUUGAUCACGUCGAUGCGCUCCCCCAGCGAGGACCUGCAAGAGGAAUUUAGCAACAAGAAACUAGAAUGUGACAACACUAAAUAAAUAAAUACAUCUCCUUUUGUUUUAUAA